CCCACUCUGUAUCCUCCAUCUCCCCCUCCUCCUUCUCCUCCCUCCAUUCCUCUCCCCCUCUAAGCUGGUCCCAUUCUUGAGGACUUGCUGGUGAAACGGGAGAAAUAAACAGACACCGAGCGCAGAGGAAAGGAUACAGGGAGAGAUAGUGUCUACAAUUCAGGAUAUUCCUCCCUCCCCUCCCCCUCUCUGUCUCUCCAUCUUCAUCCCUAGCCUUUUCUUUAAUGGAUAGAAAUUAUCCUGGAACAGGAUUCGGAGAUUUGGGCGCUGGAACGGGAUGGAGUUACGAGAGAUCAGCAAAGGCAAGUCUGGUGUAUGGGAGCUCCAGAUCCUCUCAUCCCGACACAGAGCUACUCCAUCGCCAAGCUUACGCCACACCCCACCCCCUGCAGGGCUAUGCAACCAAUCAUCACCCGGGGAGCUCUGGACAGAGUGGAGCCUGGGGGGCAGCAGGGAGGAGCUUGGGUCUGUCAGGUCUGUUUGAUGCUGGGUUGCAUCACUCCAGUCCCUCUGGUCCUGAUGCAUCCGUCAUGAACCUAAUAUCUGCACUGGAGUCCCGUGGUCCACAGCCACCCCCCUCUGCCUCCUCCCUUCUCUCACAGUUCCGAACCCCUACCUGGCAGACAGCAAUGCAUACCCCUGCUCCAGCUGAACUCUUCAUCUCUGGUGCCCUCCCUGGCUCCGGAUCUUUCCCCUCCUCCUCAGCACUGUCAGCUUAUCAGCACCCUGCUUCGUUUUCAGGCCGCUCUUUCCCAGGGGUGACUUCAUCACUUUCACUCCAGGACACACCCACCUUCAGCCCCACCUCAAAUGGCCUUCUGUCACCCCAUGAUCCCCUUUUGCACAUCAAGACGCCUUCUCAGUCCAGCCUAGGCUUUGAUCGCCUGCUGUCCGACCAGAGGGCAGCAGCCUACAGAGGGUCCCAAGACCCAUCUGGAGGGCCACCUUCGCAGGCUCCGACCUCCUCAUCUGCGCGACACUUACCGCCCCCCCAGUUCAACCUGCUCUCGUCCCAGUUGCAGGACCAGUCCUCCCAGUUGUACAACAGCUCUGUGUUCUCCUCCACGCCAGCUCCACCCCAGCCACCAUCCAGCCAAGAGAGGGCCAUGGCUAGACAAGAUAGUGUGAUUAAACACUACCAGCGCCCUUCUCCUGCCCAGUCCCAGCUACCCUCAUCCACCCCUCACCCCCUGCAGCAUUACCUCAGCUGUGGGGCAGGGGGGUAUCAGCAGCAGAUGCCCCACCACCGGCAUGGAGGGAUGUCCUGUAGCCCCCUGGGGGAUCAUAGUCCAUCCUCAGACCCCAAGCCCUCGCCGCGGUCAGAUCAGGUGUACCGACCCAUCAUUCAGCCCCCCUAUACCCCCUCUACCACCUCCUCAGUCUCCUCAUCGGCUGGUUCAGGAGGAACCGUCGGCAAAGGGAGCAAAAGCUCCAGCUCUAGCAGUGGCUACUCCUCCUCGGGCUCUUCCUCAUCCCGCACGCCCCACACACCACCCUCUGCUUCCUCCACCACCUCUUCCUCAUCGUUGUCCUCUUCCAGUUCCAACCCCAACCCGUCCUCCAGCUCCUCAUCUGCCCCCUCUCGACAACAGCCCCCACCUCAGUCAGCCCCUCCACCUCCUCCCCCUCCACCACCCCCUCCACCUGUAUCCUCUGCUACGCCACAGCAGGCACCUCCCAAGCCUUGCUUGUCUGCCUAUGGCUCUCCUGUUGCCCCUGUCAAACCUUCCGCUGGUCUACCUGGUCAGACGCCACCUCAGCAGCAGUCACAGUCCUACUCUCCAAGCCACCCACAAGCCUCCCACCUUCCCCAGCCAUAUGGGGGUUUCAGCUCCCCCCAGGCCCAGGACCUAAGUUCUAGCACUGUUGGUGCUGGGAAAGGUUAUGGUGGCUUAGGGGUGACAGGCAGAUCCUUCUCGGCAGAGGUGGUGUAUGGGUCAGAUUCCGGUUAUGGCUCUCUGCCACCCUCACUUGGAGGAGCAGGAAGCCCGUCACUGAGUUUUGGUGGUCCGGGACACUCUCCUGCACUUCUGGGGUCAGGCAGUGGGGCAGUUUCUACAGGGAGCGGCUCUGGGUCAGUGGGAGGUAAUUCAGGAGGUGGGGGCAGUGGUUCAAGUGGAGGAAGUGUUGGGAGUGGAGGUGGAGGAAGCUCAUACCAUCUUCCGGAUUCCAGCCCAUCACCCUCCAAUGGAUCUGGCAUAAUACGUCCAGGGAUGCACUCUCCGGCACCUACCCGACCAGCCCAAUCCCCUGGAGGAGCUGGGGGCAACAAGUACCUUUCAUCUGUCCUCUCCCCUCAGUUCCUGUCCUCCCCCCAGGGCUACCCUGACACACGAGGUCCCCAACCCCAGCCCCAGUCGUACCAUCCCACCCCUCCAAAACCUAAGCCUGACACUGACAUGCUUGGGGUAGAGCGGCCACAGGAGGAGGACGAGGAGGACGAUGAUGACUUUUUAAUUCAGCACUUGUUACAUGCACAAAGCCCUGCACCCCACCCUUCUCAGCACCAUGCCCAGCCACCACCCCAGGUUUCUGCACAGCAGCAGCCAACACCACAGCAGGCCCCCCAGUCCAGAGACGGGGGUAAAAGUCUAUCAGCCUAUGAGUUAAACAAGGCCUCUGAGGAGCGGUACCACCUCCAAAGUGUGAUCCGCACCAACAGUGCAACCAACAACACAGCUCCAGGGUCCACAGGUACCAGUGUAGCAGGAGGUCUGGAGAGCCAGCUAGAAAUGACUCUGAAGAAGCAGCAGCAGCAGCAGCAGCAGCAUCAACAACAGCAGCAGCAGCAGCACCACCACCACCAACAGGUCAAGAGUGACAGAGUGCUACAAGGAGCAGGGGCUGGCGGGGGGCGAGGGAACUCUGACUCCCUCCCACACUCCCAUUCCCACACACCUCACCCUCAUCCUCACGACUCCCUGGGCUCUGUGGUCCACUACAGCCGGGGUGACCCUUAUUCCCACCUCCCUCACCCGCACAGCCAUCACGCCCACCACACAUCACACGCACAGCACUCUCAGCAUGCCCAGCACCCCCACCCCCACUCCCUCUCACAGACCCACAUGGAGCUGAAGAAGCCCCCUGAUCCAGCGGAAAUACCCUACCUGCGGAAGACCCCUGACCUGCAGCACCAAUCCCAGUCCAACCUCUCCCUGAUGGACUCUCCUCCUGACCAAUCCCAGCAGUCUCAGCCAGCCCACCUUCUUCAGUCCGUCCUCUCUCACACCGCUCGGAACAAGAUGGAGGCCCAGCAGACCUCCCAGCAGCAACAGCAACAGCAGCAGCAGCACUCAAUGAACCAACAGGCCAUGAUCGGGCCAACAGGAGGUGCAGGAGCUGGAGGUGUUGGGGGAGUGGACACUCAGUCGCAGACCUCUCAGCUGCAGCUCCAACUUCAGUCCCAGGCGUUAGAGUCCCACUACGGGCGUGGAAGUCAACGAGACCAGAGCCAAGCAAGUCAGAAUUCUGUAUCAUCUCUGGAUAUGCUAGAGCGUUCCCUCUCCAGGACCACCAGCCGAGAAGGGGCUGGCACCGACAGAGGUGGUCAUGGAGGAAUGGGAGGAGAUGGAGAAAACAGUGAUCAUCACAGACAGCAACAGCACAGGAUUCCUCCACAUCACCAGUCCCAUCAUCCCCAGCAAACCACAUCGGACCUGCACGAUUUCCUCUCUGAGCCGGACCUUGGCUUGUCAGCUUCUUCCCACAUGCAUCACAUGGCCCCCCAUCACCCCCACCAACAUAGCCACCUUUCUCAACAGCCCCACCCCCACCACUCAGCCCACCAACAUCCCCACCAUAUGCAGCCACCAUCUCGAGGUUCCCAGCCACAGACUCAAGCCCAGUCAAGAGAGCCAGAGCCUCAGCUCUCCCAGAGCCAACUAGACCAGCUCAAGGAGCACCAGUUUAACACCACAAGCCCAGGGGCUAAAACUUCCCAGGGUCAGAAUCAGCAGCAACAGCAGAGGUACAUGCCUUUGACUUCCAUUAGCUUUCCAGAUUCUUUGCUCCAAGAUGAGGACCGGUCAUUCUUUCCUGGCAUGGAGGACAUGUUUUGCUCAGAAGACUACAAGACCAGUUGUGCAGGGCCAGGGGGUGGUACAACUGUGUCUGGGGGGCAUGAUGGCAUGUCUGAAGGACGUGGACAGGGACAGGAUGGGAUGGAUCCUGUUAAAGCAGGUGUUGGAGGCAGCGGUUAUGAUAUGAUGAGUCACCACGGAGACCAAGGGUACGAGCAGUACUGCCAUAGCCUCUCAGAAUCUGGAAAUAGCACCAUCCAUCUGGACCUGGAUUCCUUAAAGACUGAUGAGCUUCCAUCCACUGUCAACACUGAACAACUGGGUCUGAUUCAGUCCCAGAACCCUGGGAUGGGUUUGGGAGGAACUGGCCCGGGAGGAGAUGGUUCUGCAAACAAGAUGAUGGGUGGAGGAGUUGGAGGAGGCUCUGGCUCUGGGGGACUAACAUCUCCGAUCUUCUCCUCUCGGCCCAAGAAGCUACUCAAAACCAGCUCUUUCCACCUCCUGAAGCAGCGCAGAGACCCCAACUCUCAGGCCCAGGUCAAGAAGAACUAUGCCCAGGAGUACGAGUUUGAGGAUGAUGAGGAUAAAGCCAAUGUACCUGCUGACAUCCGUCUGAACAGCCGUCGACUUCCAGAUCUACUUCCCGACUUGGUGUCCAGCUGCCGAAAGUCUGGUGCUGGCUCCAGCAUAGACACCUUGAGUCCACUAAUGGGUGACCUGGACUUUUGCCAGUCAUCUGGAUACUCCUCUAUUGGUCCACCUCCCCAACUUCUGCCAAGGGAUGGCCCCAAGAAGCGAGGGAGGAAGCCGACUAAACCCAAACGUGAGGGACCACCCCGGCCAAGGGGGCGUCCUCGAAUUCGUCCACUCCCAGAGCCUCCAUACUUCAAGGGCCUAAUGGGAACAGCAGUGGUUGAGACCAGAGGCAGGGGGCGUGGACGAGGUAGGGGUCGGGGCAGGAAGGAGGAUGCGAUGCUGCAGAUGCAGAAAGACUUGAACAAAGGGCAGAACCUCCAUCUGCAACAGCAGCAACAGCAGCAACAGCAGCAGCAGCAGCAGCAACAGCACCACCACUACCAACCCCAACACCUCCAGCACCCACAGGAACAACAAACGCACAUGGUACAGAUGCAACACCACCCACAGCAACCACAGCACCACCACCCCCAACAGCAGCACUUGCAUCAGCAGCCACACCCUCAGCCGCACCUGCAUCCCCAGCAGCAGCACCAUGCACAACAACAGCACCUGCCCCAGCAGCAACACCAGGAGCCCAUCAGGCCAAUCAAGAUCAAGCUGCCCAUCCCCUCCAUGCCCUCUUCGGAUGCCCUCCUGAGGACGGACUCCAUGUCCAGCUCUGACCAGGUUCUGUCGGACGGGUCGCUGGGCUCCGCCCCCUCCCUGGGACUCAGUCCUGGAGCUGGGCUGGACCUGAACCGAGCCCAGGAGAAGAUGAAGCACAAGGUUCCAGAGAUGGCCUGGGAGAGAGACAUGGAUGAGCAGAUGACCCCAGAAGCAUGGGCAGCUAUGCAGAAACUCUCUAGCUCGACAGAGGACAAGAACCCAGAGCUGAAGUCUGGCUUCAUGGCCUCUUUCCUGGACUUCUUAAAGACUGGCAAGAAGCAGACUGGUCCUGGCAUGGACCCUGUGGAUUCUGUUUCUGUGAAGGGGGGUAUUCGGCCUCUAUCUCCUCCCCCACCACCUCCACCCCCACCUCCUCCGGCUCCCUCGUUUGGGGAGGGCGAAGGGGAGGGGUCCCUGGGACUGAGCAGCUGUCCGAGCCCCUGCAAGCGGCUGGAUGAGGAGCUGAAGAGGAACCUGGAGACGCUGCCAUCCUUCUCCUCCGAUGAGGAGGACUCGGUCAGCAAGAACCAGGACCUGCAAAAGAGCAUCUCCUCAGCUAUCUCCGCCCUCUAUGACACGCCUCACAGCCUGGUGUCAGCUCCACCCCCUCGCACGCCAUCCCCGCCCACCCCACACAUGCAGCAGACUCCCUCCCCCAUCAACACACCCCCUCCUAUUCCAGUGGAGCCUGAGCCUGAGCCUGUCACUCAAACACAUGCUCAACCAAUGGAAAAUGAGGAGGAAGAGGAAGAAGAGACGCCACCUGCUCCAGCCCAACCCUCACCCCCCUCUCUCUCCCCCUCUCCUCCCACAUCCUCAUGUCCCUCUCCACUCCCUCCUCCUCCACUUUCCCUCCCCUCUCCUCUUCCAUUAGAAGAGGAGGAGGAUGAGGAGGAGCCCUCCCAGCCCCAGCUUCCUGAGGAAGAGGAGCAGCAGCUCCCACCUCGCAGUCCCUCCCCUCCCGCCCUUCCCUGUCCUUCUCCCUUCCCCCCAGCCUCUUACUCCCCUCCGUCCUCCCCCACUCUUGCCAACGAGGAGCAGAGCCCAGAGCCUCCUUCACCCCCAACCCCCGAAGAUGUGACCAUACGCAAGAUCACCUCACUGCACCUGGCCAAGAAGCAGGCCAACGUGGCCAUCGUGGGCGAGAGCGAGGAGGAGGACAGUGAGAGCGGGGGGGAGGGCAUCUUCAGGGAGCGUGACGAGUUUGUGGUGCGGUCCGAGGACAUACGGACUCUGAAGGUGGCCUUGCAGACAGGCCGUGAGCCUCCCCCCAUCUGGAGGGUGCAGAAGGCCCUGCUGCAGAAGUUUGCCCCUGAGAUCAAAGACGGUCAGCGGCAGUUCUGUGCCACCAGUAACUACCUUGGAUAUUUCGGUGAUGCUAAGAUUCGCUACCAGCGUCUGUAUGUGAAGUUUCUAGAGAAUGUCAAUAAAAAGGAUUAUGUGCGUGUGUGCUCACAGAAACCCUGGCACCGCCCAGGACUCACCCUACGCCGCCAGUCACUCCCAAAGCUGCCACCUGUUACACGAAGCCAAACUCCUCCAAGGGUGGAGAGAGAUGAGAGAGAGAAAGAGAGGCAGGAGAAAGAAAAGGAGAGGGAACAGCGGGAAAGAGAGAGGAGAGAGAAAGAGAAAGAGAAGGAACAGCGGGAGAAGGAACGAAGGGAAAAAGAGAAAGAGAAGGAGAGGAGGGAAAAAGAGAGGGAUAGGGAGAGAGAGAGGGAAAAGGAGAAACAGCAAGAGAGGGAGAGAGUGAAGGAUAAAGAGAAGAAGCUUCAGACAGCACCACAGGAGAAGGUGGAUAAGAGGAGUGUGAUGGUGGAGCGAGGGAAGGGCAAAGAGGAGAAGAGAGGAGGAGGAGAUAAGAAGGUGGAGAGGCCCCCAAGGGUGCGGCCAGUAAAGGUGAAGGCGGAGCCUCCUCCCAAGAAGAGGAAAAAGUGGCUGAAGGAGGUGCCGUCAUCCUCUGACUCAGACUCCUCCCCCGACCCACACAGUGAAGAUGAAGCGGUGGUGGUACGCGGGAUGAACAACCGUGCCACGCGAGAGAUUUUCCGCAGCUACGUGGAGAUGUUGGUCAGCACAGCACUGGACCCUGAUAUGAUCCAAGCUCUGGAGGACACCAAUGAUGAGCUAUAUCUCCCGCCCAUGCGCAAGAUUGACGGCAUCCUCAACGAACAGAAGAGGAGACUCCUGAGACGAGGGAACAUGAGCUCCCAACACCAGGAGGCUCUGCACACGUUCCCCCAGAUGACAGCUGAUACGCUGGACUCUGGAGCCGUGCGUGUGCACCUGGCUGGGGAAGGCUACAACCGUAAAACCCUCAACCGCGUCAAGAAGAGCUUUCCCAAGCAACAGGACCUGAAGCUGUCCACGGAGAACUGCAGGAUGUACAGUCUCUACCACUCUCUCCAUCAUUACAAAUAUCACACCUUCCUGCACUGCAAGAAAGAGACCGACAGUAUAGAGCAGGCAACGGAGGACCCUGGUCAGGAGGAGGUGGUACAGCAGUGCAUGGCCAAUCAGGGCUGGCUGGAGACGCUCUUCAACUCCUUUCUGGACCUACUGACCCUCAGCACCAAACCCUAAGGGGUAGAGCUUUGAGAAUGACUGAACCAUUACAGCCUCAGACGUAGGGGAGGUCUGGACUGGCCUAUUCCUCUUGGUGAGAUCCGCACUGUCGGAUUUCCUGAAGAGAUUAAAAUUGACGUGAAAAUAAUUUUUGUGAAGUUUUUUUUUAUAUAUAUAAAUAUUGCUUACAUUUUCACCAGUGGAUGAGGCAAUACAAAGAGACAGAAAAGAGGAAGAAUUGGGAAUAUGAAAGAGUGAAUGUGACGAACUCCUGCAGAAGACCAGACGGAAGACUAUGGAGGGUUAGUUCUGUGCUUCAGGAGAGCCGGAAUCUGACUGCUUUGUUCUGCGCAAAACAAAACAUAUCCUCUUAAAUAUAUAAAUAUGUAUGAUCAACAGUUAUGAUUUGUAUUAUUUAUACCUGGACAUUUUUAUCAAGUAUCCCCUCAAGUCGGGGCAAUUUGCUGUUAUUAUUUUAAAUAAUAAUGUUUUAAUGGGGUGUUCAUGAAAUGGCUCACCCAUAAUUCCCUGUUCCUCCUGUGCCCAAGGCUCAAUGAUUAAAAACUCUAUUCUUGGGGGAGGGCAUGCAGAAGGGGUUGUGGUUUAAACAGAGUGUCUGAUGUCAUUUUUUAUGUCUCCAUUCUGAAGAAAAGAGGAAGGAGAAAUGUAUUUAAGCUAAAUAAUAUGUUCUUUCUGUUCUUUAAAAGACUAUGAGAGAAGCAAAAAAAAGUGUUAACUGUUUUCUGACAGAAAGCGCAAUGGUUCUAGGAGGAAGCUGUAACAGUUCUUCUGUUUGUUUCGUUUUGUUUUUCAAAGUGUACAAAAUGUCUGUGUUAAGUGUUUCUGUUUUUUCUCUGUUGGUUGUUAUGAUGGUAAUAUUAAGGAUUAUGAUUUGGAGUUCAGCUCCUGGUUUGAUCUAUGUGUGUAAAUAUUGUACAGUUGCUCUCAGGAGCCUCUAUCUCCCUGUCCGUAUUCUGUAAAUGGGUCUCUGCGUCUUUAAAAGAAGCCAAUAAAAACAUUCAAAUGAUGGAAAUGACAGGGAAAAUUGA